CCUAAAAUUAAUUUUUUUUUCACCAUAGAACGAAACAUAAAGGAAUUUAGGUUAAUCCUAACUCCUAAGAGAAAAAAAAAACUCUUUAAUUAUCAUAUAAAAUACACGUGGACUAUGAUAUGACUUCAUAAGUGCCACAUAAGUUGGUCAAAGACAUGAUGAUCCACAUGAAUGUCUGUUACUUUCGCCAUCAUCGCAUAAUUUCACAGUUUCAAACUAAGUUUCGUUUCCUAAAACAUUUAAAAGCCUCAAUUUCCACCAAACCUGAAAAAUCUUUACUCAAAACACAUAAUUCUGAAGUUCACAAACGCAAUGCUGAUAUAACGUUUCUGGGUCGCCGCGGCAAGUUCAAAGAAGCAAGGAAAGUGUUCGAUGAAAUGCCUCACCGAGACACUGUUUCUUAUAACUCCAUGAUUACUGUUUAUCUUAAGAAUAAGGACUUAUAUGAAGCUGAAAAGAUAUUUAAAGCAAUACCCCAUAGAGACAUUGUUGCUGAAUCCGCAAUGAUUGAUGGGUAUGUGAAAGCUGGUCGCUUGAACGAUGCUCGUAAGGUGUUUGAUAAUAUGACUGAAAGAAAUGUGUUUUCAUGGACAAGUUUGAUUUCUGGGUAUUUUAGUAGUGGGAGAAUUGAGGAAGCUUUGUGUUUGUUUGAUAAAAUGCCUGAGAAAAAUGUGGUGUCGUGGACUACAAUGGUUUUGGGUUUUGCUCGCAAUGGGUUGAUUGAUCGUGCUAGGUGGUUUUUUGAUCGUAUGCCGGAAAAGAAUACCGUAGCUUGGACAGCUAUGGUCAAGUCGUAUAUUGAUAGUGGUGAAUUCAAUGAGGCUUAUAAGCUCUUCCUUGAAAUGCCUAAAAGGAAUGUUCGUUCUUGGAAUGUCAUGAUCUCGGGUUGUUUGAGUGCCAAUAGAGUUAAUGAGGCUUUACAUUUGUUUGAAUCAAUGCCGGAGAGGAAUCAUGUUUCGUGGACGGCUAUGGUUUCGGGUUUGGCGCGAAAUAAGAUGAUUGGGUCUGCGAGGAAGUAUUUUGAUCGCAUGCCUUAUAAAGACAUUGCUGCUUGGGCUGCAAUGAUCGCAGCAUAUGUGGAUGAGGAGCUAGUGGACGAAGCUCGCGAGAUUUUCAACUCGAUGCCCGAGAAGAAUGUUGUGACUUGGAACACUAUGAUCAAUGGUUAUUCAAGGAAUGGUGAUUUAGGGGAAGCCUUAAGGCUCUUUGUUUUGAUGCUCAGAUCUUGCAUUAGACCCAAUGAAACCACAAUGACCAGUGUAAUCACUUCCUGUGAUGGCAUGGCGGAGAUCAUUCAAGCUCAUGCUAUGGCCAUAUCUCUAGGGUUUGAGCAAGACAUUUGGCUUGCAAAUUCUCUUAUUACUUUGUAUUCCAAAAGUGGGGAUCUUUGCUCUUCUAUACUUGUUUUUGAGCUACUAAAAUCAAAAGAUUUAGUGUCAUGGACUGCAAUGAUAGUAGCCUACGCAAAUCAUGGACACGGUCAUCAUGCAUUGCAGGUAUUUGCGCGAAUGCUAGUAUCAGGAACCAAGCCAGACGAAGUCACCUUCGUGGGACUAUUGUCGGCUUGUAGUCAUGCUGGUCUUGUCAACCAAGGUAGAAGAGUGUUUGUAUCAAUUAAGGGUACUUAUAAUUUAAAUCCUAAGGCGGAACACUAUUCCUGCCUUGUAGACAUUCUAGGUCGAGCAGGGCUUGUGAACGAAGCCGUGGAUGUAGUUUCUUCUAUCCCUCCUUCUGAGAGGGAUGAAGCUGUUCUUGUAGCAUUGCUUGGUGCAUGCAAACUUCAUGGGGAUAGUAUAGUAGCAAAUUCCAUAGGUGAGAAGCUAUUAGAGUUAGAAUCAUAUAGUUCUGGCGGAUAUGUACUACUAGCUAAUACAUAUGCUGCAGAAGGGCAAUGGGAUGAGUUUGCACAAGUUAGGAAAAGAAUGAGAGAGAUGAAUGUGAAGAAAAUUCCUGGAUAUAGUCAAAUACAAGUAAAUGGGAAAAAUCAUACAUUUUUUGUUGGGGAGAGAUCUCAUCCCCAAGUUGAAGAAAUUUACAGAUUGUUGAAACUAAAUCUUCAACCUCUGAUGAAGGAAAUGUGUUUUAGUACAGGAGAGAACUUAUUGCUUAUAGAUUAAUUACCAAUAAUUUAAGACUAACCAUAGUUAUUUUAUAUAUCUCCCCAAACAAGUGUACAUUUAAUAGUGGAUUACUAUGAAUACCAUUACUACAUGAGGGUGUUUUGGGAAUGGAGGAAGACUCUUGUUUUUGGAAGAGAGAACUGUGAAAAGUUUAAAAGUGAAA